GUGAACCCACAUUUCCACAUCACUCUCUAAAUGCUUCGGUUUGGAGCAAAGAAACAGGAUUUGAGGAGCUUCUAUGUUCCAGGUAAGGGCCUUCUUAAAGACAGGAAGCAGGAGAGCUCGUUCUGGCCUGCACUGAUUGGAUGCUGGAAUGAUUUGGUGGUAGCCAAAACAAAGGAUUCACAGAAAUCCUUACUCCUCAGUCAUGGGGAAAAGAUGACAUCAGGCAAAAAGACGCCGCUGUCCCAGAAAUGGAAGCAGGACCGAGUGCAGUCUCUGGAGGCAGACUACAUACCGGUGGUGGUGGAUCCUCGGGGACAGAACCCGGACACUAGCAUCAGGUUCCGUUUCUACAAGUCACAGUACUCCAACUCCCUAACUCCCUUCUACACCCUGCAGAAGCCCACCUGUGGCUACCUGUACCGAAGAGAAACCGACCACACCCGCAAACGCUUUGAUGUCCCUCCAGCAAACCUGAUCUUGUGGCGCAGCUAGGUCCAUGGCAUCUGGAAGUCCCCCCCCUGCACCUUUAUCCUAUGGUCCUGGGUCCCAGAGGGAGAUAUCAUUCAUGCCUGGAGAAGCGGUGCAUACCUGGGCUAGCUGGGUAUGCAGUGACAGCUGAGGGAGGCCUCUUUUCAAUAGCAAUAAACUUUGUCCUUUUUUUUUCUGGCACC